AUGGAGUUUCUUGGCGAUAGAAAUACAGGCGAGGCUCGUUUGGAACCUUCCACAUGCUUGGAUGGUAUUCAUUCUCGUGCCAUAAGACAUGUUGAUUUUUCGCCUUCAGGAAGGUAUCUUUCAUCAGCAAGCUUCGAUUCAGUCGUAAUUAUUUAUGAACUUGUAAACAAUGAUUAUCAGGAGUUUACGAAGAUAGAAGGGCAUGAAAACGAAGUGAAAUGUUGUGCAUUUUCAAGCUGUGGUCAGUAUUUAGCUACCUGUAGUCGUGAUAAAACCGUAUGGUGUUGGCAAAUUGAUGAGGAGGAAGAAUUCGAAAUUGCAGCAAUUUUUCAAAAUCAUUCCCAAGAUGUAAAAUUUGUAACAUGGCAUCCGCACGAAGAGCUCAUUUUAUCAUGUAGCUAUGACUGUUCGAUUCAUUUUUAUCAGUUUGAUAGUGAUGAAUGGAUAUUACAACAGAAAAUCGAAGCUGCUCAUGAUGAUACAGUAUGGGCGGCAGAUUUCUCUGAAGAUGGUGAAAUGUUAGUGACAGUAGGUGCUGAUCAUGCAGUUAAACUAUGGACAAGGCAAAAAACUAGUUGGUCAGGUGAAAGUUACAAAUGGUCAAAAGCAGCAGUUUUAUUAGUGGAUACAAGAUGGCCACUAUAUUCGGUUUCUUGGAAUAAAAUUACUAAGUUGAUAGCUGUUGGAGGAGGAGAUGGUCACUUAAGGUUUUUCGAAAUCCAAAGAUGCGCAGAUAUUUUGGCAUUGAUUCAGCUGGCUCAAGAAGAAAUUUUUCCCAUAGACAUUAACUGCAUCACAUGGAAUCCAGUGGAAAGCAAUUUGCUAGCAGUAGGUUUAGAUGAUGGAACUGUGCGACUGAUUUUAUUGUAA